AAUGGAUAAGGCGACUCACGUACCAGGCCAAGUCAGCUGCUAGCAUUUAACUCCUCACACUGUAGUGAAAUGAGGGGAGCAUGGGGGCCAAAGAGUCGAGGAUAGGAUUCCUGUCGUAUGACGAGGCCGUCAAGAGAGUGACUGAUGUGGAGUUGAAACGGCUGAAGGAUGCCUUCAAGAGAACAAGUGGCCUCUCCUGUUACAUGACCCAGCAGUGCUUCUACCGGGAAGUGCUAGGAGAUGGAGUUCCCCCAAAAGUUGCAGAGGUUAUAUAUACCUCAUUCGGAGGCUCGUCUAAAGGGCUGCACUUUAACAAUCUGAUCAUCGGUCUGGUUCUUCUAACCAGAGGUCGUGAUGAGGAAAAGGCCAAAUACCUCUUUAGCCUGUUUGCCAGUGAUCUUGGUGGUUAUGCUGCCAGAGAGGAUAUUGAGGCGGUCCUCCAGGUCCUGGAUGGAGAAGUUCCAAACUCCUUAAAGAAAUGCUUCACUGAGGGCGACAAGGUGAACUAUGAGCGCUUCAGGAUCUGGCUGCUGCAGAACAAGGAGGCCUUCACUCUGUCCAGAUGGCUGCUGUCUGGAGGAGUGUGUGUCACACUCACUGAUGACAGUGACACGCCCACUUUCUACCAGACCCUGGCUGGUGUCACACACUUGGAGGAGUCAGACAUUAUAGACUUGGAGAAGCGCUACUGGCUCCUGAAAGCCCAGUCCAGAACCGGACGUUUUGACCUGGAAACCUUUGUUCCACUGGUCUCCCCUCCCAUUCAUGCCUCCCUGAGUGAAGGCUUGUUUCAUGCCUUUGAUGAGAAUCGGGACAAUCACAUUGACUUUAAAGAGAUCUCCUGUGGACUCUCUGCCUGCUGCAGGGGGCCAGUGGCUGAAAGGCAGAAAUUUUGCUUCAAAGUGUUUGACGUGGAUCGGGAUGGAAUUCUGUCUCGAGACGAACUUCACGAGAUGGUGGUGGCCCUGCUGGAGGUGUGGAAGGACAAUCGCACAGACACACUUCCUGAGAUGCAGAGCAGCGUGUCAGACAUUGUAGAGGGCGUCCUGAAGACGCAUGACACGACCAAGCUGGGUCACCUGACUCUGGAGGACUAUCAGAUAUGGAGUGUGAAGAGCGCUUUAGCCAAUGAGUUCCUAAACCUGCUUUUCCAGGUUUGCCACAUAGUCCUGGGGCUGCGGCCUGCAACUCCUGAAGAGGAGGGACAAAUUAUCAGGGGCUGGUUAGAGAGAGAGAGCAGACAUGGGCUUCAGCAGGGUCAAAACUGGUUCCUCAUCUCCAUGCUGUGGUGGCAGCAAUGGAAGGACUAUGUCAAAUACGGCAGUCCCUGCUAUUGUCUUACUAUCCAGGAGCACAAGGGCAUCGUGGUGGAGCAGCCAUCCAUCCUGAGCUCGCUGCGGACUCCCACGGCCACAGAGCCCACACCCCCUGAGAGAGUGGGAGUACUGGGAACCUUCAGCCCCGUUAGCCCCACUGAGGAGAGGUCACCUGAUGCUGUGUCCAGUGCCUCAGAGGCAACAGAAACAGCAGCCCUAAGCCCCCAGGUCUAUGCCUCUGCCACAGAGAGCUGUUUUGCCCGUCAACACAACAUAUCAGACAACAACAAUCAGUGCUUUUCUGCUGCCAACGGCCACCUACACUCUCACAUGGCAACACAGAGGCCUGGAGCAAUUGACAACCAGCCCUUGGUCAACACUGAGCCUGUGAAGGCACCUACCUUAACCAUGGAGGGCGGUAGACUGAAACGCUCCUUGCAGUUGGUGCCUAGUCGAGAUUUUGAGACCGUACCAGAGCCGGUUUGGAGAGCGGUCUGCCACUGGUAUGGUGCCAACCUCAGCCUGCCAAGGCCGGUCAUCCUGCAGAGUAAGACUAACCAACCAGAGCUGGAGCUCUUCCCCCGUUAUCUCCUCUUCCUCCGCCAGCAGCCAGCCACUCGCACCCCACAGUCCAACAUCUGGGUCAAUAUGGGUAUGACCAGCCUGCGAAUGUUCCCACCGUAUUUACCCCCACCAAGAGCGGGUUCUGUGCCAUCGCCCAAUGCUCCCCUCAAAAGAGUGUUGGCCUACACGGGCUGCUUUAGUCGUAUGGGCACCAUCAAAGACAUCCACUACUACCUGUCCCAGAGACUUCGCAUCAAAGAGGAAGACAUGAGACUGUGGCUCUACAACAGUGAGAACUACCUCACACUCCUAGAUGAUGAAGAUCACACACUGGAGAGUCUGAAGAUCCAGGAUGAGCAGCAGCUAGUUAUAGAAGUCAGGAACAAAGAUAUGAGUUGGCCUGAAGAAAUGUCUUUCAUUGCCAACAGCAGUAAAAUGGACAGGCAUAAAGUACCCACAGAGAAAGGAGCCACUGGCCUCAGUAACCUUGGCAACACCUGCUUCAUGAACUCCAGUAUUCAGUGCGUGAGCAACACCAAGCCUCUAACAGACUACUUCAUCUCAGGGAAACACCUCUAUGAGCUCAACAGAACUAACCCAAUUGGGAUGAGGGGUCACAUGGCCAAGUGUUAUGGGGACCUGGUGAUGGAACUGUGGAGCGGCACACAGAAGAACGUUGCCCCGCUCAAACUGAGAUGGACAAUAGCUAAGUACGCCCCACGCUUUAAUGGAUUCCAGCAGCAGGACUCCCAAGAGCUGCUGGCCUUUCUGCUAGAUGGUCUGCACGAAGACCUGAACCGAGUCCAUGAAAAACCCUAUGUGGAGCUGAAGGACAGUGAUGGUCGGCCUGACUGGGAAGUAGCAUCUGAGGCCUGGGAGAACCACCUGCGCAGAAACCGUUCUAUUGUGGUGGAUCUGUUCCACGGUCAACUCAAGUCCCAGGUGAAAUGUAAGACGUGCGGCCACAUCAGUGCUCGUUUUGACCCUUUCAACUUCCUCUCACUGCCGCUGCCCAUGGACAGCUCAAUGCAUCUGGAGAUCACUGUCAUUAAGCUGGACGGCUCCACACCAGUGCGGUACGGCCUGAGGCUGAAUAUGGAUGAGAAAUACACAGGACUGAAGAAACAGCUGAGCGAGCUGUGUGGUCUGAAGCCAGAGCAGAUCCUUCUGGCUGAGGUCCACAACUCCAACAUUAAGAACUUCCCCCAGGACAACCAGAAGGUGCGUCUGUCUGUUAAUGGCUUUCUGUGUGCUUUUGAGAUCCCAGUGCCUGGUUCACCGACAUCACUCAGCUCACCCACACUUACAGAAGACACAACACCAAUAGCCAAUGGUUCAGUUCCUAAUGGUUACCUGGUCAACAAAUCCAGCCUGAUUCCUAACGGUGGACCCAGCACCAUGGUAGAUAGUAGCUCAGAGACAUCCGUCAACAGCGGUGUUGCUAAUGGACACAUAACACCCGUGCAGGAAAGUCCCUUUAUUGGAUACAUCAUCGCCAUGCACAGGAAAAUGAUGCGCACGGAGCUCUACUUCUUGUCAUCUCAGAAGAACCGGCCCAGUCUGUUUGGAAUGCCUCUCAUAGUCCCCUGCACCGUUCACACCAGUAAGAAAGACCUGUACGACGCCGUCUGGAUACAGGUGUCCAGGUUGGCCAGUCCACUGCCCCCACAGGAGGCCAGCAACCACGCACAGGACUGCGACGACAGCAUGGGCUACCAGUAUCCUUUCACUUUACGGGUUGUGAGUAAAGACGGCAACUCAUGUGCCUGGUGUCCCUGGUACAGGUUCUGUCGAGGUUGUACCAUAGACUGUACAGACGACAGGGCCUUGGUUGAGAACGCCUACAUAGCUGUGGACUGGGACCCUACUGCCCUGCACCUACGUUACCAGACGUCCCAGGAGAGGAUCAUAGAGGAGCACUGCAGUGUGGAGCAGUCGCGUCGAGCCCAGGCUGAGCCCAUCAGCUUGGACAGCUGUCUGAGGGCCUUCACCAGUGAGGAGGAGCUGGGAGAGGACGAGCUCUACUACUGCUCCAAGUGCAAGACUCAUCGGCUCGCUACAAAGAAGCUGGACCUCUGGAGGCUGCCACCCAUUCUGAUUGUUCACCUGAAACGCUUCCAGUUUGUUAAUGGUCGUUGGAUUAAAUCCCAGAAGAUUGUCAAGUUUCCACGGGAGAGUUUUGAUCCCAGCGCCUUCCUGGCUCCGAGAGACCUGGAGCAGCGCUGCCUCCACUCCCGCAGCCAGAGUGAGGACCUGCUGAGGGUUGGCGAAGACAACCUCUCAUCUAUAUCUGCUCCUGCUGGUUUCUGCAAUCUUCCCAAAGCCUCUCCUGCCUCCAGUAGGAAGUCGGCACCUUCGUUGAGUAGAAGCAGCAGCCCCUCUGGAAGUCCGAAGAGUAGCGGUGGAGGGCGAAGGCCAGGUCGACUACGCCUGCCCCAGCUGAGCAGCAGACACCGUCUCUCUAACAGCAAAGAGAAUCUGGAUGCAGGUGCAAACUCUGAGGCUGAGCCCCGGGAGGGUGCAGCACAGGCAGACACAGAAGCAGUUGUUUCUGCAGCAGGGGGCAGUGCUGCAUCAGGAGAGGCAAACGUACCAGAGCCGGUGGGCAGCAGUGAAGUGUUGAGCAGCACUAGCGAGGUGGUUCUGGUGAACGGUGACAGCAACGGGCUGAGCUCAGGCUGCAGCACUGAGAGCUGCAUGGAACCCGACAACAUGCUGCUGCAGCACAGGGACAACACGUGUCCUGACGCCAUCUACAACCUCUAUGCAAUAUCGUGCCAUUCAGGAAUCAUGGGAGGAGGCCACUAUGUGACAUAUGCCAAAAACCCUAAUGACAAGUGGUACUGUUACAAUGACAGCAGCUGUAAGGAAGUGCACUCUGAGGAGGUGGACAGCGACUCUGCCUACAUCCUGUUCUACGAACAGCAGGGUGUAAACUACUCCCAGUUCCUGCCAAAGAUCGACGGCAAGAAGAUGGCUGACACCAGUAGCAUGGACGAAGACUUUGAGUCUGACUAUAAGAAAUACUGUGUUCUCCAGUGAUGGCCCAGUGGUCUUCCAUCAGCCAGAACUGCUCCUGCUCUCUGCUGCCUCCUGUUGCUCAGAGCAGGAGACAGCAGCACAGACCUACCAGUCUGAAGCACAGAGUGACGUCAGACUGUGAUUCUCUGAGUUAAGCGAUGCGCCGCAGCACUUUCUACACUUGACCGUGAACAUGGAUUUGUGCAAAUGUUUGCCAAGAUGAGAACGUAGCCCUGGUGAUAGCACUUUGCUCAACCCUUCCUCUCCUCCUCCUCCUCGUCCUCUCCGUGUUAACAAGCAUUGCCACCAUAUACAUGUAACAAAUACACCCUAAUGCAUCUCUAAAAGUAUUCCACUGUGGCCAAGUCAUGAAGUGAUUGUCAUUGUGCUUAAAUCACAAAUCACAAGUGAUGUCAAAAAUGAAAAGCGCUAGCAUCAAUCGAGCCUAGAAAUUUAGUAUACAGCGAAGGGAAAUUGAACUUUUUAUUGAUAAAGUUAGGCAAAAUCUUUAAAUUUAUGCUGUAACGAUGUCAUAUCUGAUGCCAAAUGUCCUGUCACCUUCUAUUGUCAAUUGAUGGUGUCACUAAAAAAAAUCCACGUUGUUUGCUACCUCAUCGCCUUCUGCACCCGUCAGUCAACCCUCCCCUUAAUCCCAGUGACAGUAUUAACGAUACAUACAUGCCUCACGCUCCUCUCUGUUUUAACAUGUGCUGUAACUGGUACACAACAUUUCAGAAAGCCCGAUAUUUCAAGUCAAAAUCAACAGGCACAGAAAUUAAGGUUUGAUUCUGAAGCUGCCAAACAGUCGUGAUGAUUUGUGCAAUGUUGGAUCUGUAACUUCUCUGAAGAGCUAAUUUCACCAUAAGUAAACUAUUAAUAGUCUUCUAUUCAGAUGCCAUGAGUUCAGAAAAAACUGAAUGUACUUUUUUUCUUUUUUUUUCUUUACUGUCAUUGCAUUGUUUUUAUGAAAUGUUUUAAAGCAGGGAUCAGGAGCUGGUCUGUUCAGGCCCAUCUUUCCCCUUCUGUUAUUUAAGGUUCUUGAUUCUCUCAGCUUCUUCCCUUCUUCCUGUUUGCUACAACAGAUUUUUCACAUUUUUUUAUAAGGAUCAUGUUUGCAAUUUAGCACUGGGACAUCUAGUCUCCUAAAUUACAACAAACGUCCUACUAUUCUACUGUUGUCGUUACUAUAAUGCUAACGAAUGAUCCAAUCAAAUUCCAACCUUUAAACACAGAAUGUGACACCGAAAAGACAAAUACCAUUAGCAAUUUCUGCCCCAAAGCUUCUGGUUUUGGACAUUUUUACCCACAAUCCACUUCAUCUACUUGUGGUCUUUAAAGUACUUUUAUUAGCCUUGAGCCUAGUGUGACAUCAGGAACAGCAGAAAGAGCUGUUGUUGUAAUUCAAUAACGGUUCAUAAAACUUCACAACUGUAACAAAUGCAUUAAUGGAGAACUCGACGAUAUGAAACCUAACUGUUCCGUGUAGAAAUGAAUUUGAAUUAUAACUCCACCAAGACUGAAAAGAAAAGUUUUGCUCAUCAGUGGUUUUAACAUUUCAACCGUGUUUGACAAAUGUCCCAAACCCCACCAAGAACUCUUAUCGUCUGUGUGCUAGCUUCAAACACUGUCACCUGAAUAAGAGUUCUCGCUUGAGAUAAGCGAGAUAAGAAGUGAAGUUAGACACAUUUCACAUUUUGGUUCCUGUCAGCCGACUUCGGCCUUUGGCCUCUAAAUUACUGUUAAAUUGUCUGUGUUCUAGUGUUAAGAAACAAAUGUGGUUUUAUUACAUACUAUAAUGUAUUUAUAUUAUAAAUGACUACAGAGAAAUUACAAUUUGGAAAGAUUCAAAAUUCCAAAAAUUAAAUUAAAAUUUUAAGCAACAAUUAGGAUUAAUUAACAUUGACAUUUUGUAUCAAUUUAAAAAUAUUGCAAGAUGCCAGCUUAAAAUUAAUGUUAACAUUAUCCCUGCAAAAUACUUUGUGUUUAAUUUUAAAUUAAUUAUACCCUCAGUAUUUGUUGCUAUUUAAUUUAAUUUUUUUGUAUUUGGGUCUAACUAUGUAACAAUUAAGUCAUGAAUUCUGUGAAUUGUCCCACCCCACCUGUUCCUUUGAACGCAAAUGUAACUUGAUAUCAGCUUCAAGGUAAACUGUCUGUUCACUCACUGUCCUACAAUGUGUCACUUGGAAAACAGUCAAAUGUUUCAUGUUCUAUGGUAAAAAUGCAUUUGCUAAAAAAAUUUUUUUUAUUGGUAAUUGUAAGAGAGCAAUCAGGAAAAUCACAGACACAUUUCAGCCCAUGAUUGUGUUUGCAUUAGCCUACAGGCUUGACUUGAUUUUUUUUUGUUUGUUUGUUUGCUCAUUUUCUUUGGAGAUAAUGAUAACCAAAGGCUUUUUGAAUCAGUUUGAUUACAUGCAGCAUGUGUCUGGAGUGUAUCUGUAAUCGCUGAGCUUCAUAAUUUGAAUUAUUUCUCUUUACUUCUCUUUUCCUGUUUGUGCUAAACCUAAAACCUAUGUUUGACGUAAACCCUGCCACUGAUAUUAAAUAAAAUUCUUCCAGACGACUGCUGAGGUCGGUCUGACGCGAACAAAGCCGAGCUCUGCUGCGAGGAGCGAGGCAAGUGUGGAGCAGAGCAUCUCCCGAUCACUGUGACUCCCCGUCACCCCUCCCCACCCGCACUCCCCUGUCUUUUCUUUUUAAAAGACACAGCAGACAAAUCUCUGUGUUCAGACCCUUUUUCAGCUGCUGUGCCGAUGAGGCGGCGGCGGCGGCGUCACUACAGAGACAGAAGGCUCUGCCAGUGACAGAAACAGUGUUCUCCUCUGGGGAGUGUGUUUGCCGAACAAAUGAAAAUUUGUCGUACUGUAUUUGCACAGAGCUGGAGACGAUGUCUUAUUGUCCAUUUUCCAUGUUUGUCAUCAUGUUGCUCAAAGGGAACAUUUUUAAAGAGAAUUUGUCCAAAGCUGCAAUAGCUAUCCAUUUUUAUUUUAAUUUUUUUUUGCUUUUUAUCCAUGAAUUACAACAUGUGAUGCUAAGCUAACAACAUUAGCACAAAUGCAAGUUUAAAGGUAAUAGUUCUAAUCACAAUUAGAUUUUUCUUGUCAACAAAACAGAGAUGAAAAUAUAAGACUAAGGUUGAUCCCGUGAAACCUCCAGCUUGUAUUUAAACCCUUCUUUUUCUUCCAUCUUUCCUCCUGUCACCCCCUCCCCAACCACCCUCCCACUACGACAACACAAGACUGUUUCAGCAUCACAGUCAGUGCAAACAACUACUGAGCUGUCUCCCAUUGUCUCUCUUUUAUUUUAAUUUAAGCUUAUUUUCUGUUGAAUCUGAAGCAGAUGUGUUAAUUUAAAGAGCUUUUUUUUUAAGUGUUAGUUUGAGAAGAAAGUGACAUUGCACUGACAUUAAAAAAAACUUGUACAUAAAAUCUGUUUUGUAAAUAAGCCAAUGAAAAAGUAUGUAUUUGAAUAUGGACUGUACAAAAUGCUGUACUUGUAGUUGUAUAUGGAGUGAUACUGUUGAUCUGUAACAAAAUAUCCAACCAACAAAUUAAACUCUGCAGAGGAAACAACGA